AGCACGCAAGGUGCCAGUUGUGAAAAAUAUAUACUUUUUGUAUUUCUUGACUACUCCUGUGGUUUUGGUAAAAUGGAUAUAUUCCCCUUGCUUAUCACAGUUCUAAGUAGCAUAGUUGUCGAAGCGACUACAAUAGAGAAGAGUAAAUUAUUAUUACAAGAUUUGUUUCAAAAUUAUUCCAAAGACAUCCGACCAGUAGAAGACCAGUCAAAACCCAUAACUGUAAACAUCGACCUCGAUAUUGUCUCCAUCAAUGACUUUGAUGAUGUUGCAGGAACGAUAUCGAUGGUUGUCAUCUUGUAUAUUUCCUGGAAUGAUGAAAGUUUGGUGUGGAAUUCCACCUCGUUCGGGAAUACAACAUCACUGACGUUUCCACAGAGCAAAUUAUGGAUACCAGAAAUGUUUUUAUGUAACCCAGCAGAUUCUCUUCAACCAAUUAGCAAUAAACAUUUCAAAGUCUCAUUAUCUUCAAAUGGUGAUGUUACAUGGACACCAGGUGCUUUGUUGACGGCCACUUGUACACCAAAUGUAUACAGAUAUCCAUUCGAUCAACAAACAUGUCAACUACAACUAAGCCCGUGGGGAUACUCGAGUCAACAGGUGAAGCUCAAGAUACCUUCUUCUACUAUUCUGUUCAAUUAUUUUCAUAUGAAUAGUGAAUGGGAUGUGAAAGCGUCACUAACAUAUCUUUGGUCGGGAUCAUUUGAUAUUGCGGAGUUCUUUAUAACCAUCGAAAGACGUCAUAUGAAUUUUCUGGUGAGUGUUGUGAUACCUGUCAUUAUGCUGGCUUUUGUGAACCUGUUCGUUUUUCUCCUGCCAUUUAACUCCGGAGAAAGGGCUUCGUAUAGUAUCACAGUGUUACUAGCCUUUACUGUGUAUAUGACUGUGGUGAGUGACAGGAUGCCUGCUUCAUCACAACCAAUGUCUUAUAUUUCCUAUUAUCUACUUUCAUUGGUUGGCAUCAGCGUCGUCAUAGUAACGGUGAAUAUAUUUCAAAUAAGAACAUACAGUAAACACGAUGAGGAUGAACCAGUUCCUGAAUGGGUACGGACAUUGUACUUGUACACUCAAAACAUAUUCAGGCGCAAAAAAGUAAACACUAGCGAACGACUACACAGACCUGAUGGAAGCGACAGUAAAACAAACAAUGGAUUAGAUAACAACCAUAUACUUGAUGUGGAUUCUUCAAAACGGAAUCAUGACCUAUUUUACACUAGUAUACUACCUAUGUCACAAGGUCAAGAGAAACCUACCACUGACAACGUACCCAUGAUUCCUGAUCAUCAACCGGAAGUAGUUACCUGGCACAUGGCGGCGAAGAUCGUUGAUACGUUGUUGUUCUUUCUUUUCUUUUCUUUCACCAUCGCUACCACCGUUUCAUAUUUCAUCUGCGCCAAUGUAAAUUGAAGUGAAGCGUUACACUAUAAAGUGUUCACAUUACAUUGGAAAGUGUUAGAUAAUUAAAGCAAUCGGCGUAUGCGGAUCACAAUUACCAUUGGGACAUCAACUCGAGAAAUUUUAUCAUUUGAGUCAAUAUCAAAGUGUUACCAUUCCAUUGGAUAUAUUAUAGCUUGAUAUUCUAUUGAUGAAUCAAUUAACACAGCAGUCAUUAUUUCGGUACACUUUGCAGAAUGUUUGUUAUUUUUCUUCCUGUUGUUGUUUAAGAUUAUAUAAUGCACACCUUUUCUAAUAUCAGAUCUGAUUCUUUAUCAUAAAAAAUCAACGAAUGUCAUGACGCCAUAGUUUUUGUGAGUCGUGGUUAAUUUUUCUGGUAAAAUAUGGUGUCGAUAGAGAUAUUGCUGCAAUAUUAUCGUACCAGUUAAUCAGUUGGGUUUCUAUAUUUUCGCCUAACGGUAUUAUGCAUUGUUCAAUCCUGGACUGUUUGAAGGCGGUGUUAAAGCCGAAAUUUGGAACUUUUUCUGAUAUGCAUUCCAUAUCAGAUGGAAUGAUCAUUAUUUAUACUUAAUUCAUUAGCAAAUUCACAUAAGAAAGGAGUGUCUCGCUAAUGUCGACUCUUCGUGACAUUUUCGUUAGCUAACUUCAUUGUCCUGUUGAGACGUAGAGCAGAUGAGAAAGUUUGCUGCGUCCUCGCGAUUCGGUUGUUACAGCAUUGCUUUGUGGUAGGUAAGGCUGGAAGAACCGACAACCGUAUUUCCGUAUUAGAAGAACUGUGGUUUAUUAACCACAACAGUGGUUGUGUGGAGUGUUGAUAACGUUAUAUCAUCUGGCCAUAUCUAUCUCAAAAGUAUUCCCCGAAGGUCGACAAACAGGAACAAUCGAACCAAUUCAUCUGAUAGUAUUUGACAUAGAAAUAGAGAAUACAUGGUCAGUGUCUUAAAAUAUAAGCUGUAUUUUGGCGAGGGUAAAGAAAGACAAGAAGU